AUGGGCAUGCUGCUCCAAGAGAGCAUGGAGGAGAAGUUCCGGCUGCUGCGCGCCGGCACCCUGCUUUCGGAGCUGCGUUCCGCGGUCUCGCUCGUCCACACCGGCGCCACCGUCCCCAAGGGGGCCAGCCUGAGACUCACGUUCAGCGCCCGGUCCCUGGCCGCUCCCCUGCGUGAGCUGCUGGAAGCAGUGCAGGCGCAGGCGCAGCUGCACACGGAGGUAGAAGCGGAGAAAUGGCACCAGGUUCCUGCCGUCCUGUACAGGUACCUCGACUUCCGCUCGCACAUCAUCCGUGAUCUGAGGCGGUUCUUAGACAAGUUCAGCUCUCUGGCAUCCUACGCCAUUCAGGAGCAUGAUCGUCGCUUAUCGAGGAGUGAGUAUGACAGAGCCGCCUACAGCAUUAGUGGUGCCCGUGCUCCUCGUAGCAAGGACUCCAUCCGGGAGCCCCUGGUGGGGAGAUCAGAGCUGCUGGAUGAGAUGGUUAGCAUCUUGCUCGCCGAUAGAGCCGGCCACCGUCAGCUGUUGGUGAUGCCCAUCGUGGGGGGUCCUGGCGUUGGAAAGACCCGACUAGCCACGGCCAUUCUGCAAGAUGAUAGGGUCAGGCACCGGUUCCGUGUGCUGCUCGGGGUGUCAGUUACACGAGAUUUCUGCCGUGAGGGCAUCCUGCUGAUGAUGAUGCCCCCAGGGAGGCGUGCAGAUGUUCAGUAUUAUUCUCCAGAAGUUAUGGAGAUCCUAAUUCGCCGCAAGCUUAGUGGAAGGGAUUAUUUGAUUCUUCUAGACGAUGUGUGGAGUGACAAUGAAGGGAAGUGGCAGGAAAUAGGCGCCGUGAUGAACGCUCUGCCUGCGAGAGGCUGUGUAGUCCUCACCACCCGGACUCCUGACAUUGCAUCCAAGCUUGCCAACUUUACAGAAAACACUAAUACUACCAAGACCUUCUACCUGCAGCCUCUGGGGCAGGAAUUCUCCCCCUCGUUCGUGGCUAGAUGGAUAGCCACACGCCACGGUGAUUGGCCUGCUGAGGUUGUUAGAGAAGCUGGCACCAAGAUCGCCGAUAAAUGCGGCGGCCUUCCCUUGCUAUUGGACUGUGCACGCAGAGUUUUUUCUCAACCGCCGGACAUGCAGUUCUGGCAAGGAUUACUGGAGAACGCUGGCAUUCUCUGGCGAGAGCUACCGGCGUACAUUGAUCAUCUUCCCUCCGACAAGUUCUGGCAGCUAUUUCUGGGGCAUUCUCGUGAACUUCCCCAUGGAGAUGUAGUCUUGGAGAGUGCCGCUGCCAGUUACAAACAUCUCCCAGUUGACUUGCAGAGUUGCUUCUUGUAUUGCUCAAUGUUCCCUUUAGACUAUGACUUUGAUGUCGGAGAAUUGGCUGAUCUUGUGGGAACUGAUGAUCCAGAGGCCGACUUUGUUGAAAGGGAAAAUGAAGACUAG